AUGGGUAUCUCCAGCUCGUCCUCCGAGCACAGUACCAACGUCGAGCGGAAGAAUCCCGUCGUCGAAGGUAUUGAUAUCGAACGACACGCCGUUGCCGAAUCCCAUCUCGUCAACACCACGGUGAAGAACAUCAGCUGGAAGGGCGUCACGGUAACAGUCAAGGACAGAGAGACGAAGGAACCAAAGAACAUUGUCGACAAUGUGGAGGGUAUCGUAGAAGCCGCCUGCAUGGGCCCUUCAGGAUCCGGCAAGACGACUCUACUCAACUUCCUCGCGUCCCGCCCCCUCCCUUCCGCCUCCGGCGGUGGCACCACCACCUCCGGGUCUGUCCUCAUCAACGGCCAACCCACUUCCACCUCUACCUUCCGUGAGAUCACCCGCUUCGUCGAGCAGGAAGAUACUUUGAUCGGGUCGCUCACAGUGAGGGAGACUCUCGACUUCUCGUUUCGACUUGCCAGCUCGUCCAAGGUUCUCCCCAAGAGGGAGAGAAUUGCCAGGAUUGAAGGAUUACUUGAUGCUUUUGGGCUGAGAGGGCAGAAGGAUGCGCUGAUCGGCACGCCGAUUCGCAAGGGAAUCAGUGGUGGGCAGAAGAGGAGGUUGGUCGUCAUUGCUUCGAUUCACCAGCCCUCCACAGCAACGUUCAAUCUCUUCGACAAGCUCAUGCUCCUUUCCGCUGGCAAGAUGCACUACUUCGGCCCUGUCGCGGGCGUUACGGAGCACUACGAGGCCUUGGGGCACGAGGUGCCGCUUCAUGUCAAUCCGGCCGAGUUCCUGCUUGACUUGGUCAACAUCGACUUUGCUUCCGAGCGCGAGGAGGCAGUCAAGGCUUUGGAUGACAUGCAGACUGCUUGGCAAGGAUCUGAGAGAUCGAAACAGUUAACUGCCGCGGUAGCCGAGGCAGAAGCCAGAGGUGGUGAGCAAGUUGAUACCUCUACCGCCGGACUUGGGGGAAAGCCGGGCUUAAUCGGUAGUACGGCAACACUACUCCAUCGGAGUUUCGUCAAGAGUUAUCGAGACGUAGUAGCGUAUGGCAUCAGGGCAGCAAUGUACUUUGGUCUCGCCAUCAUGGUUGGUACUGUCUGGGUGAGACUGGAUGCUGCUCAAGAGUCUAUCAUUCCUUUCAUCAACGCUCUGUUCUUCGGCUCCGCCUUCAUGUCCUUCAUGGCCGUCGCCUACUGUCCCGCCUGGCUCGAAGAUUACUUCCAAUACGUCAAAGAACGUCGCAACGGGCUCUACGGCCCUACAGCCCUGAUCAUCUCCAACUUUCUGAUCGGCAUCCCCUACCUCUUUGGUUUUUCCUUGCUGUUCUCCGUCAUCUCCUACUGGCUUGUUAACUUCCAACCCACAGCGACCGCCUUCUUCACCUGGGUAUUCUGGCUCUUCUGCGACCUUUUGGCGGCAGAAAGUCUGGUGGUAUUUAUGUCCUCGCUCUUCCCCUCCUUUGUUAUUUCCCUUGCCUUGGUCGCCUUCGCCAACGGCCUGUGGAUGAGCGUCGAUGGGUUCAUGGUGCAGCCGACGAUCUUGAACGUGUUUUACAAAUACGUGUUCCAUUACUGGGACUAUCAGAAGUAUGUGUUUGAGAACAUGAUGAUUAACGAGUUCAAGGAUCGGGUGUAUACGUGUGGAAAAUUGCCCGAGGGAAUGACGGGUGUUAAUGGGAGCAAUUGCCAGUGCAUGUUCCAGACUGAUUUGGCGGAUCAGUGUCUGAUUAGGGGGCAGGGCGUGUUGGAUCAGUAUGGAUAUAAGCCAGGCAAGCAGGGGAGGGAUAUUGGGAUUAUGUUUUGUAUCAUUGUUGGGUGGAGGUUGGCUGCCUGGGUGGUGCUGAAGUUGAAGAAGUGA